AUGGAAACACGUGGUACAAUUGGGUACAUUGCACCUGAAUUCUUCAAUAGGACUUUUGGCGGAGUGUCCCACAAAUUAGACGUGUAUAGUUAUGGCAUGUUAAUUCUUGAAAUGGUUGGAGGAAGAAAGAAUUUUGAUUCCGGUGUCUCUCGUGCUAGUAAAUUGUAUUAUCCAAAUUGGAUUUAUAAGAAUAGCAAAUUGGACAAUAUUGAUUUUGGUAUAAUGGGAGUCACAACAGAGGAUGAAAAAGAAAUAUCAGUGAACAUGAUAUUAGUAGCGAUUUGGUAUAUUCAAACGAGUCAGUUAGAUUGUCCCUCGAUGAGUAAGGUGGUUGAGAUGUUGAAUGCAAGUCUUCAGUCCUUGGAGAUUCCACCAAAGCCAUUCUUGGUUUCUCCUACCACGUCUCCUUAA